AUGCCCGUCUCCUCCAGGCCCCGGACAUCCUUCCUCAUCCAAGACAUCCUCUGGGAUGGGGCAGAGCGGGGAGCGUGGCCAGAGCGGGGCAAGAGCAGAGAGUUUGGCAGCCCAGAGGACGCGGAGCAGGAGGCAGCUACAGCGGAGGGCAGUUCAGCCCUGGGGGCUGUCCCAGGGCACCCCCCCGGGAGCCCUCGUCCCCCAGGAGGAUCCCCAGCCCAAGUCCAAGGGACACGCCACGAGGCAGACACAGAUGCCACCUGCCUGCUGGAGUGCGCCCCCGCCCUGCGACCCCUGCCCAUCGCUCCAUGCCCCCCCAAGCAGACGAAGCGCUCGCGGGCAGCGUUCUCCCACACCCAAAUCAUCGAACUGGAGCGGAAAUUCAGCCACCAAAAAUACCUGUCGGCCCCCGAGCGAGCUCACCUGGCCAAAAACCUGCAGCUCACCGAGACCCAGGUGAAAAUCUGGUUCCAGAACAGGAGGUAUAAAACCAAGAGGAAACAGGUCGCUCCAGAAAUCAGCAGACUGGACCCGUGUCUGGCCGGGCAGAAGGCGGGCGAGCUGCCCGGAGCAUCGCUGCUCGCGCUGCGGGGCGGCUGGCACUACCUGCCUUGCCUCUACUACUUGAACGGCUGGAGUCCCUCCUGGUGGGAGGGAGAAGUGGACAUCAGCCGUGAAUCCAGAAGAAACCUGGCACGCUCCCUCAGCGGGGACCCAGCGCUGGCUGGCUUGCAGGCACACACGGGCACGGACCGCGUUCACUCUCGGUAA